GGCGUCUUUACACGCUUGUGCGCGCGUGCCUGUCAGUCGUCUAACACACACACGGUGACCACAGUUGGCCUUUCUUCGACCUUUUUUUCCUUGUUUUGUAAUGUGCAGCAUUCCAAGGGCGUUUGAUUGCCUGCGAUGCGCGUACCACGGAGCGACUGACUCGAUCAACGACGUGGACGUCGAUCCGCACGGCGGCCGCGCCUACGCGGCGAGUUGCAACGGAGACGUUCUCGUGUGGGACGUGGCAACGCAGCAACUCCAAGCGCAACUGCGACAUUCGCAAUGGGUGAACGCUGUGCGCUGCUUUCCUCUCGCAAACUCUGCCGCCUCUUCUUCUUCUUGGCCUUCCUCUUCAUCGACGGGCGCUUCUGCAGCAAAGGUGCCGUCCUCUUCUCCUGUGAAGUUCACCACUGCCGGCACCUCCGACAGCGCCGCGCUCGACGCUCGCUACGCUGACGUGUGCACUCAAUCAGAAAUACGCUGGGUGCUGACGGGCUGCGAGGAUGGCGUGGUGGUUGUAUGGAGUCCGAUGACGUACCGGACGCAAAGCUUUUGCAGACCAACGGCGAGCGCCAUCACGGCCAUGCAACUGCUGCCUUUCCCAGCAAAGCCGGCGAUAAGUAGCGAGGGAUCUCCGCAAGCCGUAGGCGACGCGCGUGCGUCGGGGAAGCAGGAAUCAUCUCGUGUCGACGACGCAGCGCUGCUCUGCGCGGCCUCUCUUCGGCACGUCCACGUGUUAAAGGUCACAGCCGCCACUCCAGAGCUGGUGCUCCUGCACAGUCUGCAACACACCGUUUUGAUCACCGCUGUGAUGCCUGUCUUCACGUCUGCGGCGCUGCCGACGCCGCUGCUGGCGGUAGGGCAGGAGGACGGCACCCUCUGUCUGUGGAACUGCGCGGACUGGCUCUAUCACGACUCGCUGCCCUACCCAGCGGGGGAGUCGGACGUCGACGCGGACGCACGUCUUGCGCCUGCCACCGUGCACGAACCGCAAUUGGAGCACGGAGCAGUGCUGGGCACCUUUGCGUACAACCAGCGACGGUGCAAUUCUUAUCAAGCCGGUGACCCGGAAGCGGAGCGUGUGGCCGCUCCGCGCGUGCAAGAGCAAGCCUUUCAGCGUGAAAUGCCGGGUGCGAUAUCCACCGAUGCGGCCGCCCUCGUCGAGCAUCGCUGCGGUCUGCUGCCUAGUGACCUUCAGCACGUGCUGCAUUUAGCCGGCCCACACGAGAGCGUGGACGGGUGCGACGCCAUUCCCUUCCCCACCGAGUUCCGCUAUGACGCACGACGUAUCACGUGCCUCGCAUCCGGCACGGGCUGCUCCAGAGGGUCACACACGCAUUUGUACUCUGGCCACGCCACAGGGGAGGUGCUGCUGUGGGGCUGCCUCAAGAAGGACGUGCCAUUCCUUUUAUUGAAGAAGAUCCUCUUGUUCAAACCGGGCGCCUGGGUGUGGCGCAUGUGUGCGAUGAAGCCUCUCGUGACGUCUCUUCGCGUGAAUAGUGAAACGGCGGCGGCGGCGGAGGGAGGCAAGAAAGACCAAUUGAAGUCAAAGGUGCUACGUGGCAAGGCUGCGCUGGCUGCGAAGAGCAACGCCUCACCUUCCUCUCCUUCCAAAGGCGGGCUGAAUAGUUUAUAUUUUUCUCCCUUGGAGCUCAUCGUGUGGUCGGACGGCGGAUCAGUGGAGUACGUGAGCACGCACAAGAACAAGCUCACGCACCGAGAAGGACCCGGUUUCAUGGCAUCUGCCGCGACGUGCUGGAUCGGCGACGUUUUCCCUGACAGAGGCAUCAAAGGUGCAGCACGACCGGGAGACAAAACGACUGCUGCCUCGCCCAAGAAUGCAGCUGAGGUCGUGCCGUUGUCCUCCCUCGUGGCCCACCAGUACACGCUUGUUGGCAACUUUGAGGGGCGGGUGGAGCGCUUCGACGUGUCCAACAUGAUGGGGUUGGCGAAAAGCUUCGGCAAAGUGCACUAA